AUGAGUCCAUUAAUACUAGAUUUAAAUGAAAGUGAACUUGAUUCAACUGAAGCAGAGAACGAAAUAAAUUCAGAAGAUGAAAAAAUGGCAGGAGUCAUUGGUGCUAGUACAACACCAAGAAUUAGUCAAAAAAUACAUCUCUCCAAUAACAUUGUCCACUGGCUUCGAGGUCCCUUUAAAGUAAUGGUUGAUGGUACAUUGCAUAUGGUCGAUGUAUUUGCACGAGGAUCACAUGUCAGUGACGAUAUUUUGCAAGCCGUGAGGAAAGGAAUAGCCAGACAAAAACAAAUGGAAAUGAAACACCAAACUACCAAUAAUUCACUUAAGCCAGCGUUUGCCGAAAUUACAUCAGAUUGGACACUCGAAGGUCAGAAUCCUGAUCAAGGUUUCAGUAAUGUAUCCAUAUGGAUGCGUGAUCCUCAAGGACAACGAUUUUUAGUCAAAAUACAAGAGCAUCCAUUAUGUGCUGCCAAUGAAUGGUUAGCCUAUAUUUUGGGAAUGACACUUGGUUUAUCUGUUAAUGAAGCACAAAUUUCAGUGUAUAAAAAUGAUCUGGUAACUUUACAUAGUGAUAUUGCUAAUGAAAAUGAAAAAACUAUCACAUUCAUGGAACUACCAAAGCAAAGAAGAAAAACACUAUUGACUGAUCCAACAAUCGAAUCUAUGGAUCUACUCGAUCAUAUAAUAGAGAAUGUAGAUCGUAAUCCACGAAAUAUUUUAAUUACAAUGCCGAAGAAUGCUCCUAUUGACGAUGAUACUGCAAACUUGAAGAUGCAUCUUAUCGAUCACACUUCUUGCUUUGGUAUGGGUAAAUUGAAUAUCAUUAGCCUUGUGGCUUGCAAGUUGCAUAGUCCUCAUCUGGCAGUGGUUAAGUUUGAUCCGAUAGAAAAAGCAAAAAAAUUCGCACAAUAUCUCAGCAAACUGCCAGUAGCUGAUCGUAUUUUAAUGAAAAAAACACUGAACCGUUUUGCAGCAAUUACCGAUGAACAAUUUGAUAAUUGGUUGAUCGAAAUACAAGAUCUACUAUCACCUAAUCAAUAUGAUCGCAUACGGGAUGUAUUAUAUCGACAGCGGGAUGUUACAAAACGCUAUACAAUACAAUGGGGCAUUUCUUCCGUGUCUUCAAGUGUAACACAACAAGAAACGAACCAACUGACGUCCGAGAUGAAUAACACGCUGACUUCUUUGUAA